AUGUUCUCCGGCCUCAGCCAAUCCUCGGCCGCGGGCUCUCUUUUUUCGACAGCUCCAGCUCAGCCAGCAAAACGAGGAUUUUUAGACAGCCCAGUAGUGACACCAGCAAACCGACCAUCUCCCUUUGCAACGGCUCCGGCUUCUUCUACGGUUGGGACAGGCUUUGCUUCCCAGCCCGUUGGCUCCAGCAUCUAUUCCAACACCAACCCGGCCACGGGGACCAACACUGCACCCACCGCUCCUCAAUCGCAGUUUGGGGGAUCUAUUUUCUCACAGCCACUUGCGCAAAAUACACAGGCUCAAGCUCACCAACAACCUACUGCAGCACUAGGGCAGUCAGUUCUCUCUACUCAGCCUACCCAGUCUACGCAACCGGCAUACUUCAGCAGCUUACUUGAGCGGGGGAAGAAACGACCCUAUUCGUCGACGGCCAAACCCGCGCCAGUGGAACUACCAAAUCUGCAAUUGGGUCUAGAUGACAUUCGAAGAACGGCUCGCGGGCUGGGAAGCAAUGAAACGCCCACACAUCCCGGUGCUAGUGCGAAAGCGCACUACUCCCUUACGGCAUCAGGGAUAACCCCGGGAAAGGUUCUCCAUGAUUUACGGACAUUGGAUACACAAGCCCCAGCUUCGGGUGCGGUGAAGGACGAGGAACCGUUCGAUCCGGAUAAUCAAAAGUUCUUACGGCGGCUACAACAGCGCGGACGAGAUGCCAUGGUGGCUGAGAGCUUCGCGCGUGUAAGGCGAGAUUUCGACCAGUUCCUAGAAGAAAAGGUCAAUCUUAACUGGGAUGAGCAACGACAGAGGAUUUUUGAGCACUUUGGCUUGAGCCCAAAGAGUGAAGCUGGUAGCAGUGGUACCACGAUGCGCCAAGGUGGAGCGUUUGGUGCAUCGAAACCCUCUAAGUUUGGAAGAGAUUUGGGCCAGCGACAGAUGUCGAGCACGAAACGUAGCGUUUUUGGUCGUUCUGGUCUUUCUAAGUCUGUAAUUGGGUCUACUAUCGCCAGUACGGAAACUGCUCCGAUAUUUUCACCCUUAGGAUCCACCACUCAGCCCGCAGACACCCGUUUCCUGCGGGAAAAAAUGGGCCACUUCGCAACGAAAGUCCAGCAAUUUAACAAAGCAAGGAUGCAAGAUAAAGCAUUUCCAAUUCUUCAUGAAUUUUCCAACAUCGAGAAGCUUGCGAUUUCUGAUGUCCCCCGUCAACUUUUUGAGGCAUACCAAGCGCUUAUAAGCAUCACUAAUGAAGCGCCAAACGUGGUGAAUUUUUCGGAGCCAGGAGUUAUAAGAGAACGCCAGUUUUCCGCUGAUUAUUUGGAUGAGAGUGCUAAUUCUAAUGAGUCCGUUCGAAUGAGAAAGGCGAUUGUUGAGGGUUCAAGGAAACACUUGGAGCGCGCUUUCUAUACUGAGAUAGAAAAUGCGGUUGCAAAAAAUCCUAGAGAAGCCCAACUUGGUGGGGUUCCAUCAAUCGCCAACAAAAUUCGAGCUUAUAUUCGUAUUAAGGCCGCAAGGAAGGAUCUUGCAUCGGAUGGGAUAGAACUGCAGAUGGUUGACCAGGACUAUUGCUGGGUACUCAUAUUCUACUUACUCCGAUGCGGUUUCGUUUCGGAGGCCGCUGAGUACGUGAGUAUGGAUCAAGGAUUCCGUUCAAUGGACUAUAAAUUUGUCACUUAUAUGACAACCUAUGCGCAACAACGGCGACUUCCCAGAGAUUUACAACAGAAGCUCAAUGGUGAAUAUCAGCAGCGUCUUCGGAAUGCGCCAGAAAACACUGUUGAUCCGUACCGAAUGGCAUGUUAUAAGAUUAUUGGCCGAUGCGAUCUAAGCCAGAGACGACUUGAAGGCAUGACCCAAGGGGUGGAAGAUUGGAUGUGGCUCCAGUUUACUUUGGCUCGGGAAGAUAGCCGCGCUGAAGAAGUGGCUGGUGAUGUUUUCGGACUGCACGAAAUCCAGGCUGAUAUCGCUGAAAUUGGACAGCGAAUAUUCGUUAAAACCCAGGACACCCCCGGUGGAUAUGGAACUUUCUUUCUCUUGCAAAUCCUAGGCGGUAUGUUUGAACAGGCGGUCUCGUAUAUUGGAAGCUUCGCGCCGAUCGAUGCCGUCCAUUUUGGAAUAGCUUUGGACUAUUACGGUCUACUACGCGUGUCGGACUUCUACACCUCUGGCGAAGAAUUAUUAUCGUUUACCACAAAACAGCUUCCGCAGGUCAACUUUGCAUUGCUUAUUACUCAAUAUACCAGAGAGUUUCGGACAGGAAAUGUUGAAGCUGCUGUAGAUUACUUUACAUUAAUUUGUCUCAAUGCAGAUCUUCCCGGGGAAUUGGGAAAGUCGCAGGCAUCCGUGUGUCAUGAAGCUCUGCGAGAGUUUAUUCUUGAAACUCGCGACUUUGCCAAACUACUUGGAGAUAUAAAGUCUGACGGCACUCGAAUCCGGGGCGCAAUUGAACAGCGUUUAAAAUUAAUCAAGAUUGACGACCAGGAAGGAUUCCUCCGAACAAUUACGAUACAGGCUGCUGCUGUUGCUGACGACAAGGGUUUUACUGCAGAUGCAGUUCUUCUGUACCACUUGGCAGAAGAUUAUGACAACGUCAUUUCAAUCCUCAACCGGGCGCUUUCAGAUGCCGUUGCUGUAAGCCUGGGAAGCGCGUCGCUGCAAUUGCACCAGGCGAAGCCUCUUGCUGAAGACCAGACACAAUAUGGGGAAGCCGGCAGCAGUUUUAGCCUGAUGUCCGUCGAAGAUCCCGUGGCCCUUGCCAAGAAUAUGAUUAGACUCUACGAGUCAAAUGCCAUGUAUUACCAGAAAAUCCAUCAAGCGACUCGCCAGUCUUGCGGGAUCCUUCUGCGCAUGAUGGAGGCCAAGGACAAAGUUGAGGCUGGCGAGUGGACUCAGGCACUUGAUGAUAUCAAUCUUCUUAACAUACUGCCUUUAAAUGCGCGUGGUUCUGUGACACAGAUUCGUGGCGCUGCCCAAUUAUUCUCAUCGUUACCUCCGGUCAUCUCUCGCAACGGGGGGCAUAUCAUUAUGUGGAGCAUCACAUGUAUCAGCCGAGAGCGGGAGAGACUGCAACAGGGCUUGUACGACAAUGAUAUGCGACGAAGCCUAAUGGAUAGGAUGUUGAUCAUGGCGAAGGAUUUGAUGGUGUUUGCGGGCAUGAUUAAGUACAAAUUGCCGCCUGGUGUUUAUGAAGCGCUAGCAAAAGCUGCGGGCGAUAUGUCGGUCUUGUGA